CUCAACAUGUGACCCAGUAUUUCAACGCAACCAUGAAGACACAUGCAAUCAUAUUUGUUACAAUUUCAAUAAGUUUGGUGUUACUGCUUCAUUUUUGUGUCGCAGAUGUGGGCACAGCAACCUUUUAUGGUGCUCCUUAUGUCCCAACAUCGUGCUAUGGAUACAAUCAGAGGCAAUUUCCAGCAGGCAAUCUUUUUGGAGCGGCUAAUGAUGCAAUUUGGGACAACCAGGCAGCCUGCGGAAGGAAGUACAGAAUCAGAUGCUUGAGUGGAACAAGUAAUGAAAGAGUUAAUCCAUGCAGAAAAAGAUCACUUGUGGUAAAGAUUCUGGAUUACUGCUCUUCCUCUGGCUGCGAUAAUGGCGAUGCAACUUUUCAUUUAUCUGCCGAUGCGUUUUCUCACAUUGCUCUUUCCUCUGCUAAAAAAAUUAACGUCGAAUAUGAGCAAGUGUGAUAAAGCAGAAUUCCUCACGAAGUUCCAGUUGUGGGUACCUUUAGCUACCUGUGAUUGUAGCUUAACAUUACCAUUCCUAUGUUUGCAUGAUAGAGUUCUACACUAUGUAAUAAGCAUGGUUUGCAGUGUCCACAAGAGGGUCUUGCCCAAUACUAUUUUAAUUUUAUAUCUUGGUCAUUUGAUUUUUCCUAUAUAUUACCAGGGUAUGGAGUUUCCACAAGAGGGUCUCACAUAUUAUCAUAUUUGUUUUAUCUUAAAAUUGCAAGAGCGAGUUGAAGGAACUUGUUGGAAUCAAACUAGUGGUAUGUUGGAAGUGGAUUGACUCUGAGAGGGGGGUGAAUCAGAGUCAAUAAUCAAUUUAACUCUCUUUAAUUUUUUCUUACUUUGGAAAACUCUUUUAACACACAUAUGACACCCUAACUUGUAUCGAAGCAUGCAUUUCUGAUUAAACAAUAUAUAUAAUUGAGUAAUCUUGA